AUGGCACGUGAUCGUAGCCACCUAAUUCUCGACUUUGCCUUUUUAUGCAACAUCACUGAUCUUUCUCAUUUCGAGCUCAAAAUGUCUACUGAUUUACAGUAUUCAAUCAACAAAAACCCACGUCUAUCAAGACAUAAUAGUACCUCCAAUGGCUCUGAUAACGCCGGCUCGCCAUUACCCGACCAAGAAUCACAGGCCUCUAAACCUAAUGGUACUAAAGUUCGCACCAAACCCGAUUAUCCUCCUCGACCAGAAAAACGUCCCACUCAUCUGCUUGGGCGGACCAAAGGACUUAUCAGGGUGGCCCCAGCCAGUGCCCAUAUUCCGAUCGACACAUCACUCCCCUCGCUCGUAUUCCCCGAUGGCACACGCGUCGCAAGACCCAACGCUUUCCGCCCACCAUAUCUAACCGAACGACUAGCCAGGCACUUGAGCAUCCACAUCAACGAUCCGUACGUUAUCACACGGAGCAUUGAGCUAUUCGGAUCGCCCCGCUCCGCUGGUUGGGUCGCGAAUCUUACAGUGGGAGCGUCCAGAGGGACGAUCACUAACCGCACCAAUGAAUUUUUACAAGCAUUGCCGUGGAGCCACGCUGGAGUAAAGCCUUUCUCGGACGAAGCGUGGGCAGAACAUCUUGUUGCGAAGCAGAACCCACGGAUCCGAUAUGGACCGGACGACCAUGAGUUCCAGGAAAUAAAACCUCCCUCCAUGGCCCUCGGAUACACCAUCGCCCCAGAACAUAAGUCUCAGCUGGAGUUCGUCCGGCGAACGGGACAUGCCCAGCGUCUAUCCCCAUCGUUCUCCCGUUUCGUUCGGCAACAAAAUUACCCUCGACCAAAAAGAAUCGAUAGGUUCUAUUCAUGGGACAGCCACUUGAUCGUUGUUUUCGCCUCGCCAGCUGCACGCAGGGCUAUUUUGGCCGCAUAUGCAUGGUGGAUAAGGCGCAAGCUAUUGGACGCAUACGAAGAGGAUGAGAAACCCGAUCAGCCGGCAUUUUUACCCCCUGUGGGCGCUGAAGAACUGGUAGUGGGAGGUGUGAAAGUUGAGGAUGACGUUCAUGCAGCGUUGGAUUGGGCCAAGCAAGUCGGAUGGAGACCAGAGUACCGAAUUCGUCCUUACCAGGGCCGCCGAAAGAAGAACGACCACGGCGAAGGAUGGUACGACAGCGAGAUAGAAACAAGGUUGCGAAUCAGGAACAAGAGGCGUGAGCUGGAAGAAAGACUGCAGAGAGAAAGGGCGGAAAGGGCUGAAAGGCGGGGAAGGAAGAACGAGGAAGCCCGAAAUGUGGAAUCCGAGACACAGGCUUAA